AUGCUAAGGACAGAAGUACUUUACACGAUGUUUGUUCUACCUUUGCCUUGGCCUUUUGUGAAACGUUUUUACCUUGUCUCAGUGAUUUCUUCGACUAAUUUCCAAUUAGACAUCGAUGAAUGCAAAGGCAGCAAUAACGUUUGUGACGAAAAUGCAAACUGCUUCAAUACUGUUGGCUCUUAUAAUUGCACCUGCAAAGACGGAUUUACUGGGGAUGGUCACUCGUGCUCAGGUAAGAUAGUUGCAGACAUGCCGAGGUACAAUAUUUAAUUUAUUUUCGCCUAAAAGCAUUGGAGAUACAUUUCAGCUAUCUACAAUCGAGUGAGUGAAUAAUAGACCAAUAAUAGCUUGCAUUCUAUAUCAGUGGACCCUUAGCAUUAAACAAAGCAAUUUUAGCAGGAACUAUUGUCCUACGAGUGUUGAUUUUUCCUUUUUAAAAAGCAGUACCCAGGUAUGUUUAUGCAUGGAAUUGCCAUGAUUUACAUCCAUUUUGUUUCAGAGCUAUCAUUUUGGGAGAUAAAAAGACAUUCGUGGUGACAAGAGAAUAUUAAUGAUGUCUUUCGGGUGAGAUGCACGUUUCAAAAAUCUAAUUCGUGAACGACAAAAACGAGAAAACGCUUUCUUAUUAUUCGAAAUGAUUAAAGUAAUUACAAUUUGGUAUGUGACAAAAAGGAAAAAGUAUAAAUCUACGGUUUUUCAGAUACUGGCGAGUGUAAAGAAGAUCAUUCAUGCCACGCGAAUGCUAGAUGCAAAAACACCCGUGGAUCACAUGUACGUGAAUGUCACCUUAGAUAUUAUGGAAAUGGACAAAACUGCACAAGCGAACUUAAUAUCUUUGCAACAAUAUUUAGAUUAGUCCAGCAUGACACGUUUGACUAGAGCGCCGCACCAUUCAGCCGCAUAACUCAUAACUCAUUUUGAUUAAAGCAGCGGUUUCUCAUGUUAAGGACCUCUUAGGUAACGUUCCUGACUUUUGAAUCAACAAUUUUGGUGACUGACGCAUUGUUAUUCUGCUGUUAAAUGGACUCUUAAAAAAUGAUUGACAAAAGCAUCAAAAUAAAGUCGCUCGUUUGGGUCUGAACCAUGUACACAUGAUGGGUAUGUAAGUGACUUCCCAUGGCGCUACGUUUUCGUUGACGCUUAAGAUAUACUUGAGAGCGAAAUUAUUAUCAUGAAAUUUUAUAUAAUAAUCAAGAUAUUGCACCAGUAAAUCUAUGGAAAAUUAAAUUUUGUGUCAUUAAAGUAAUGAACCACACUUUUUAUCGGUUUACCAGCGUAGUAAACGUCUCCAGAUGUUGGGAAACCAUUAAAACAAAAACAGUAUAUCAAUAACCUCCAGCUCGAAAAAACAACGUAACCCGUGAGUUAUCUCGCCAGUAAACUGAUAGAAAGAGUGAUGAAUAAAGGGGUUCUAAAUAUAAGGUUCUAAAGAAACUGUGAUGCUGCGUCGGAGUGAGAGUAUAACAGGGUAUCUAAGCAUUAUCAACUGAGUUGAUGACGUAAAUUGGCCACCGUAAAGAGUUUUAAAGUGACGCUCGAAACUCUUAACGGUGGCCGGUUUUCAUUAUCAACUCAGUUGAUGAAACCAAAUUGUGACGCUUGCGACGAAAGACGAAACUUCGAGGGGUGUCGCUAAGGCGUGUUUGCUAAGUGUCGCUGAUGUUGGGACUAUUUUACAGGUCGUAGUAAAACCACGAAAACCAAGAUGACGGUCAACGGUGUUUAUUCAGAUCACGAAGACAAAGACAAAGACGAUCACAAAGACGAUCACGAUCGUAAACUGAAAUUACAAUAAUAUUAUAACGAAUGCAUGAAUCUACUUGAAUUGGUGCGAAAGGCAUGAAAGAGACGCUUUACGUGCGUAUUUCUAUGACGCGAUUAAAAUAACAACAAUUAACAUAAAUUAACAUAAACAAAUCAUAAAAGGCUAAAUCAAAAGUAAUCGAGAUUCAAAGAUCGGCUACACGAUGAACAUUUGCGGCUGAUUAACAGCUCAAAGACUAAAAUGUGGGCGUUGCUGUCUGAGCGUCUAGUUCUUUCAAAUUACUCUUUUGAUUUCAAGUUAAUUAGUUGUACUAUUGUACAACAUAGUACAAAUGUGCGCUAUCGCCCAAGGUGAAAAACUAAACUUAAACACAUUGAAAAUAAACUAACAAAAUUACUUACAUAUCGGUCCCGCUUGUGCCAAAGGUUUAGAAGGAAAGAACGAAGGUACUGCUAUUCAAGGCGAAAUCUUGCGAAACUCUGGCUCAAAGGGAUGCUAACUUAGCUUUUAUAUGCGCGUGGUGACGCUAAAAGAUCCGAUUACAAACCAAUAGGAAAAAGAUAAACAUUGUAACUACGAUCGUAACUAGGCACAAAAAGAAAUUGAUAAUUGAUCUAAUCAAAAAACUGUUCUUUUGUUCGGUAUCCUUAAGACAAAUUAUCUCACUAAUCAGAUUCAUGACAGAUGCAAAAAUUAAAAAAAUUGAAAACAAAUUGAAAAAAUGCGAAAGAGAAAAAAAAUCUGAAAGAAAUGAUUAGGUUGAAUCCCGAAGGGAUUGUGUGUUUUUCUCUGACCUUAUCUGACCCUUUUCAUGGAACUAAAAAAAACCUUUAAGAAUCUGUAACCUUCAAAGAUUCCCUUGUAACAAAAGCAGUUAGGAUCAACCAAACUUCACUGAAUUUUGACUCGCGUUAAUAUUAUAUAUAACAGGAUGAUGCUAAUGAGCAGAGAGUUAUUACACACUCCUGGAAAAUAAUUAGGUUACUAGUUACUACCUCUGGGCUGGUAUCGUUGUGUGGGGGCUGAGGAUCAAAAGCGUCUUAAACGCAUUUGGUAGAAUUCAGUUGAGGUUCAAACAACUCAGGCUUUGGUGGGCGAUUAAAGUAAAAGGAACAUAUAUAUUUAUAAUGAUAUAAUCUCAUUUUAGUUACUUCGUACAUCAUCAUUGUCCAACGCAAAUUCUUCUUUAAAAUUUAUUGAAUGCGUAGUUGUUCUUCUAAAAAACAAGUCCUGUCUGUUUUUUGUCGAACUGAUUGACGAGAAAAAAUGUCAACAAAAAAUAUGUUAUCCUUCAUACUACAAUCUUUUUGUGAUGUUUUUUUCAAAAGCCGAUCCAUGCUAAAAUUAUCAAAACCUGGGUGAUGCCAAUAGAAAGAGCAGUUAUGGUACACCGCAUGAAUUUGGUCAUGUGUUUUGUGACGACUUUCUCCCCAGGGGGUGUUGUCGAUUUGUGGGAACUGCAAGAACAAGCCAGUUAUUUCAGAGCCGUUAGCUUGAUAAAUUGAAAUAAUCAUGAUGAAAUAUCCGUUUUAAAUAUCUAGCUCGUGAAACGCAAAAAUAGAAAUAAUUUUUUUUUCUUAUAUAUGAAUAUCACGGUAAUAACAUGACUGAGAAUGCGCCUAUUUUGAAGUGCAAAUAUAUAUGGUUUCUCAGAUAUUGACGAAUGUAAAGGAAAUCACUCUUGUCACGUGGACGCUACCUGCACGAACACCAACGGUUCCUAUGUUUGUGAUUGCCAGCCUGGAUUUAAUGGAAAUGGUCAUAACUGUAGAGGUGAAUUUAAUCUCUUUGCUAUAAUAUUUAAAAUAAUCCUGCUCGAGUCUAACCUCAAGCUGCUGAGGUGGCCACUGUCGGCCAUAUUAUUAGUUUGUCAUAUGUAAACGAUACUGGUUCUGCCUUACGUCUGCCUAGAGUUUAAUGGGCUUUCUGAGAAAGAAGGAACUCAAAUUCGGAACCUGUUGAAUUUAUUUGGAUCUCCAAUAUCACUGUUUUAGCCUCUUCAAGUGAUGAUAUCCUACACAUGUACUACUUGAUCCCUUGCAUAUUCAUUUUUCUUGUUAAGUACAAGUUCAUAACUGAUUGGCAAGCUGUCAGAUUUAUAAGACGUUAGAAAAGAUCUUGAACCAUGGAUUUCAAUAACCUGAGUCCUUGUAAUUUCUCUUUCCAGCCGAUCUUUGCAAUCAUUAUAAAAACCUGAGUGACGCCAAUAGAAAAAAAAGUUACGAAACACCUUCCGGUUCAGAGUUGUGUGAUAGCCAACUCCCUGAGGAAUGGUAUCGCUUUGUGGGAGCUGCAGGAACAAAAAUGCCAACAUCACGUGUGUCAGCAAACAGAUGUGGAACAAAAUACUCAGGUUGGUUAGACGGUCGUUAUCCUACAGUGGAAGAUGGUGAAGUUUACAAGGAUGUCUGCUUUAGUAAUGAUGCUCAUAACAAUUGUAAAUCUAAGAAGAAAAUUUCUGUGAAAAACUGUGGAUCCUACUUCAUCUACAAACUUCUUCAUCCACCUCUUUGUAACUCACGCUACUGUGGUACAGACUGA